AUGUACAAUAACGUAUAUAUUAAAUCAUAGUUACAAGUUCAAUAGUUAUAAUAAAAUUAUAGUAAAAUAUUGUAUAAUUGAAUUUCAUAUACUGAACCGUAUAAUAUUAGAAAUAUACAUAUAGUUUAAAUGAUUUUAAUACAUAUCUUUUGUAAAGGAGAUUUAUAAAAGAUUUCAAUUACAAUGACAAUAUUGAUCAAAAUUCAUAAGAUAUAAGUUACAUUACAUUAAAUGUUUUGGUUAAACAUCUCUCUAGUUCUUUUACUAUGUUCUUAGUAUAAUUUCACAUACCUAAAGAAUUAAAUUACUAGUUAAAUAUGUAUGUUUUAUACAUGACUAAAUCAAAUUACAUAGAUAUAAAUCGAGCGUGUUUGAAGAUAAACGAUAAAGAAAUUUUUUUAGACUUUUCAGAAAAAAAGUUUUAUAGUGAACGUCUAAUGCAUUAGAUCAGAAGAAAAGCACAGAUAACAUCGUUUAUAAACUACGAGGGCUUGAUUGCUGGCGCUCUGCUUCGUUUGAUCGGCACGAUUCUUUCACCGAGUGCUGGCAGGGCAAGUUUUGGAGCAGUGAUCGUGAGAAUGCAAUCAGACGACAAACUUGUUUUAACGUGUUCCAUGUCAUAUCCCUGUGGUAACAUGUAUCUGCGCACGAAGUGCCUCGAUACGUAG